CCACCUUUAAAAAGCAGGGGCUGGUCCCCUGCCAAGACAGAGGUGCAAAUCGACCCCGCGGUGACACCUGAUUCCUUCGUCUGCUCGUUGCCACCGGAGUCCAGCAGCCAUGACGGGGGAGCUGUGCCUGUGCCUGCUGCUCGUGGCCCUGGCGACCCCCUGCCUCUCCAGGCCGGACACCCGCCAGCUGGGCAGAGCGCCGGGCCCUGACGAGCGCAGGAGCAGCGGGACUGACCCCGGCCCUGUCCGGAGAGACCUGCUCGGGGCCCUGUCUCAGGACCAGAAGCUCCUCAUGGCCAAAUUCCUGCCCCACAUCUACGCAGAGCUGGCAAACCGGGAGGGCCAGUGGCACGAGGACGACGCCCUGCGCUCCCUGCACGACCACGACUAUCCCGGCUGGAUGGACUUCGGGCGCAGGAGCCUGCCCGAGGCCGACGAGGCCGCCUAGGAGCAGCGUCCCGCGGGGGCCGGCUCCGCCCUGCCGGAGGGGGCGGGGCAGGGGCUGCAGGCUUCACCCCCAGGACUUAUUUUUAAGCAUGUCCCACUUGCCCUUGUCUUCAAAGCCCUUUGCUGCUGCCCCCCAAUAAAAUCUGCU